AUGAAAGACGUUAUCCUUAUAGAUUUGCAAGAAAAUAAUCUCCACUCUUUAAAUGCAUAUAUCAAGGCUCUCGAUGCUAUUAUAAAUGUUCCGUCUAUACAACAGUAUAUUCAAAAGGAAUAUAUUAUACCUGUUGUAGCUGAUUGGCCUGGACAGAUCUACUUUCGGACAGCUAUUUCUCAUGAUAACGGAUUUAAAGAGAAUAUUGCACACACAUCCAUAUGGGCUGCCUAUGAAUAUUCUGCUCAGAAUAUUAUGUUUUUAACGAAGAAAAGUGCAUGUUUUCUUUUGCAGUAUUUUUCAGAAAUUUAUACACGCUUAUAUCGCAAUAAUUCUCCAUUAAUAUUUCCAUUACAGAGUACCGUGAAUCCAAAUCCAUAUUCAAAGAAAAGGAAGAAAAUUGAUGAUAUUGUCAUUUCAUUAAUGGCAAUGAAAAUGCCAGAAGUACGAUUGUGCCAUCUUCCAUUAGGGUUUAAUACUUUAUAUAAACCAAAUUCAUUUCGAUCUUGUGAUGCAUCUAACUGUCCUAUUCCUUUAUUAAUCAAUACAGAUCCGAUUAAAGUCCUAACUUGUGGUCACACCUAUCAUAAAUCUUGCUACACCAAUAAUGGGUUCAAAUAUUUACAUUGCCUUUCAUUCUUACAAGAUGGGAUUGAUGAACAUGUUCAAUCCUUAUUAGAACGUUUACGAUAUUUCAAAGAAGAAUCACGGAUAGAAGUUGAAGAUCCAGAAAAUGACAUUCCAUGUGAUGAUAAUGUUGAGAGUAAAUCCGUAGAAUAUAUGGCAUUUGCAUUAGAAGAGGCAUUGCAGAAAUUUCAACAACAAUAA